GAUUUCUUCUGAGUUAAUUCCAGAGUUGACAACUCCUCCAGUCAGCGAGCCAAGGGAACUGGAGCAGCUUCUCAUGCAGACACCCCCAGGGAACCCGCUAAUGCUCUCCCACACCCUACAAGAGCUGUUGAGUAAAGACAUCGUGCAGGUGGAGCUUAUACCGGAGAAGAAGGGCCUGUUUCUGAAACAUGUGGAGUAUGAGGUUUCCAGCAAGCGCUUCAAAUGCUCGGUGUACAGGCGAUACAAUGACUUUGUCGUGUUUCAUGAGAUGCUGCUUCAGAAAUUUCCGUAUCGUAUGGUUCCGGCACUUCCACCGAAGAGAAUGCUGGGAGCCGACCGAGAAUUCAUAGAGUCCAGGCGGAGGGCUCUGAAGCGGUUCAUCAACCUGGUGGCUCGGCAUCCUCCCUUCUCAGAAGAUGUGCUCCUGAAGCUGUUCCUCUCCUUCAGUGGCUCAGAUGUGCAGAACAAGCUGAGGGAGUUGGUCCAGGGACUUGGAGAUGAAUUCAUGACUUGCAAACUAGCGACCCGGGCUAAGGACUUCCUCCCAGCUGACAUCCAGGCCCAGUUUGCUGCCAGUAGGGAGCUUAUCAGAAAUAUUUACAACAGCUUCUAUAAACUGCGGGACCGUGCUGAGCGAAUAGCCUCCCGGGCUAUUGAUAAUGCUUCAGAUCUUCUCAUAUUUGGAAAAGAACUAAGUGCAUUGGGCUCGGAUACUACGCCACUCCCUUCCUGGGCUGCUCUGAACAACAGUACAUGGGGGACUCUGAAACAGGCCUUGAAAGGCCUGUCUGUUGAAUUUGCACUGCUGGCUGAUAAAGCUGCACAGCAGGGUAAACAGGAAGAGAAUGAUGUGGUGGAGAAGCUGAACCUUUUCCUGGAUUUACUCCAGUCCUAUAAAGAUCUGUGUGAGAGGCAUGAGAAGGGAGUCCUGCACAAGCACCAGCGAGCCUUGCACAAGUACAGCAUGAUGAAGAAGCAGAUGAUGAGCGCUACCGUGCAGAACAAGGAGCCAGAGUCCGUGGAACAGCUGGAGUCGCGUAUUGUAGAGCAAGAAAAUGCCAUCCUGACCAUGGAACUGCGCAAUUACUUUUCUUUGUACUGCCUGCACCAGGAGACGCAGCUGAUCCAUAUCUACUUGCCUCUCACCUCUCAUAUCCUGGGGGCAUUUGUCAACUCCCAGAUCCAGGGCCAUAAAGAGAUGAGUAAAGUUUGGAAUGAACUGAAGCCGAAGUUGAGCUGCCUCCUUGUAGGACCCACCAAUGUGCCGGCACCCCCAUUAUCAUCCCCAGAGGACAAUUUAUUUUCUAGCUAAUUCUCAGAAUUGCAUGGAAGAAGGUGAAGUGCAGUCAGUGGUCACCCUGCUCCUCUAUCUUCAGAUCUUUAAAAGAUUCCUCCAAACAGCUAUUUUUUUUUUUUUUUUAAUAUUGCUGCUUCAAGCUGCUCUUUGGAUUAGAUGGACUGGAAACAGGGCAGCAUAUACAGAGAAAAAGACAGUAUCUUAAUCUUAUGUUCUAUUUUUGAAGUGCUUUGGAGCAGGGCUGAAAUUCAUUUCCCCCAGCAUCCCUUUCCCUGAGGAUGGGAAAUGUCCUGAUAUACUGAGCACUGCAGGUCUUCUGUUGUAGUUGUCCUGUGCUUCUCCUACUAACUAGCCUCCUGCAGUACACAUCUGCACGUGCUGGUAAACCUUCGGGCUGCCGAUUUUUAUGCACAGGAUGUGUGGAGAAUCCACGUGUAAAAUUCACUCUUCUGAGUAGGGCCCAAGUCUAGUGGCCUUUGGAGGAGAGCUGAAGGCUAGGCCCCUGGGCCAUUCAUAGGCAUUUGAUUUUCCUUCUUGCUUGAUCCAAAUGCAUGAAAGCUCCUGGAUGGUGAUCCCAGCCUUGCUCAGUGGUAGGGGUCAGCGUGCUGCAUUUAGUUUGGGGUUGUUUGUUGGUUUGGGGGGGUUGGGGGGAGGCUAAAUACUGGAUGGAAGUAGGAGGGGGUCUCACAGGAGGGCAUUGGGCAGUGCUUCCUCAUGUGUGACAGGCUGCUGUUCAGCCAGUCUUUUAGCCAGUUUUCCAAGAGAAUCGAACUGCUACGCAGAAGGACAACUGGUUUAAAUGCUGACACACUCCUUAGUAGGGGAAAACUCUUUUUGUAGGUUGGAUGAGGGGCAGCUGUUGGUGGAUAUUACUCUCUUGGGGUGGGCUGGCAUCCAUUCAGUGGUGCCUCUUGCAUACUGGCAGUUUUAGAGGACUGCUGUUCCUGGAGCCCAAAAGCUACUAAUAAUUGGAGGUUGCAGGCUAAGACAGAAUGCGUAGGUCCCCAGUGACAGUCAGUAUUGAUCCGAGAGGUGUUGCCACCCACUCUUCUGGUACCUUACAGUAUCGAUGAUGAUGGUCAUAUCUUCGUGGAGAAGUGGGAAGAUAAUAGAAGUGACAGGCCCUUUAUUGAGUCGUUUACAAAUACACUGCCAUUAACAGGGCGUUUAAUAAGGUAUCUUCUUAAAGGGGGCUGGACCAUUCCCCAAGCCUCUCAUCCUCCCCCCUUGCUGCUGUCUUCAGGUGGGGUUAGGAAAGGAGUCUUGGGCAUCUCCUGGGGCUUAUGGAUAAAUAAGUAAACUAGAGACUUGAGACGGACAGGCUGUUUAGUGCCAGGGCUCUAAUUUUUCCUAGAGGUUUGAGACCUGAACUUUCUCCCUCCCAGACCAAAAGGAUAGUCUGUCAGGGAGCUUUGGAUUUAGCUUUUGACAUUUCUUUUUGCUUCAUCCAUGUGAAGCAAGCCAUUAACUAGGAUGAAAGAUCUGAGUCAAACACUAAUUAGAACUGAAUUUCCCCAUUCUGGGCAUCUUUCCUGUUGAUAUGGAAUAUAUUUUAGAUCCUGCAGUCAUCAAAAUCUGAUUCUUUUUGUGAACCGUGUGUCUAAGUAGAACUAUCCAAAUGCACUACCAAUUAUGUGUUAAGAACGUGUUUUCUAACCCUUCUCCAAAAUAUUAGCUUGGUAUCAGGGAGGUCGGUCAAUCCUUGAGACAGAAAUGUCCUCCAAAGAGCCCCGUGACCUGCCUUUGUGAGUAAACAGGCUGACAUUUCAGCUAGCACAUCUUUAAACACUAGUAUAGACUGUUAACACCUUAAGAUAUAUGUUGGUUGGCCCUGGUCAGUCUCACCUUCCCUUGCUAUCAGUCAUUUAUUUGUUUGGUCAGCUGAAGGGCAGAUCAAAUUUGAAAAAUCAUAGGGACAAAAGGGGAGGAAAUGUAUCAUUUGUCUAAUGCAGGUAGAUGAUCAGAGCCAUGCAGUAGCUUGAAGGGAAAGAAUUUGUUGUAUUCACACUUUAUAAAAGGAUUGAAAACAGAAGGACUAUAUGUUAAAUUACAAUCAUACUGGAUGCUGGAAUAAUAAAUGUUCAGUGAGAGGGUAACAGCACUCUGCUGUUCCCCCUCUAAGUAGCAGCUCUACAGCCUCUGAAAUGCAGCGUGAUAAUCAGAUUUAUGGAGGUUAACCCCAAUAACAUGUAUUAAGAAACUGUUUGUUUGGAAUUGCAGUGACUUGAGAAUACUCACUCAUUCAUGCAGUCUUCUUGUGCUAGUCACUGAGGGAUGGCCUGAAGGCUGGGGUGAGCAUACAUUGCUUUGCUGAGUUUUGCAGUUGCUGUUCAGUGUAACAUUGUGGCAUUUAUUUGGCUGCUUUCAAGAGAAUAAGAGCUUAAUGGUGCCAUCUGAGAGAACUAAUAGGCACUGCAAUGUGGUAUUUUAGUUACUGGCAGGGUUCUGGCUCUAGGAUUUGCUCUCUUGCUGGUUCAUACAAUGCAGUUCUCAGAAAGAUGGCAUCUAGUAGCCCUUUCUCUGCUCUAGGAGAGUGCAGCAUAGAAAAGUCAAAUUGACUUUAUUUCCUCUACAGUGAAGAACUGAAAGUGAACUGCUUUUAUGCUAUCACUAACUAAAACAGACCAUGUCUAGCACUCAGAAGUAGUAACAAUCUCGCGUAAUGGUUUCAGUGACCAAUUCCCGAAGCUUGUGCUGAUGGACAAGUACUUUGCAAUAAACGUCAAGCACAUGAGAAAAGCAGUUAAAAAAGACUGUGGCUAUUUAGUCAUGAUCCACAACUUCUCUGAGCUCUAACACCAAAGAAUGAAUGUGCCUUUCUGAAUAGAAACUUUCUCUGAACAUACUGACCUCAGGGGGCCUUCCACCCACUCAACAUGUCAUUUGUUAAACAAGGCCUCCAACCUUCCAGUCCAAGUGUCUUCACACCAGAGGGCUUGGAGAAGCCAGGUCUGUAGAUAAGCACAUUAAGAGGGUAAGAUUCUCACUUUUCACUGGAGGUGUUGAAGGAUAGGGAGUGCCAGGUACUAGCUCCUGCCCAGAUUGGGAAGAGAUGACACUCUGACCAGACUCAAGGAAGGCUUUACUGAUGGUGGAAUACUUUUCAUCUGGUAUUUUGAAAAACACAGCUCCUAUAUAUACUUAUUUCCUUUUAUCUGCCAAUUGCCGAUAUGAUCACUGCAUUUGAACAGUGCCUUUUCUCCCUGACUAUUGACUCUUAGCUCUCGAUGAGGCAGGGAAGUUGCUACUGGUUCUCUAAAGCUGGCAUCACACAUUCAGGACUAGGACUUUACUGAAAGAUGAAGCAGUUCAACUGGGGACAGAAAUUCAUUAUUCAAAACAUGUCUGUCUGUACUUGCAGUAGAGACAAAAAUGACUGCUUGCUAGAGAAAGUAGUAGCGAAAGAAGACUGAAUAAUGGUAUACCAGCCCUAGCCUUAGGAGGCAGAAUCUAAGAUAAUUCAGUCUCUGACCAGUUGGUCUGUGGCCUCUGAUAAGAAUUGGUUCAACUGCUGGUUGAACUUACCCAGACCACAAAAUAGCCAGCAGAGUGUAAUACCUUAGUCACUACCAUCCCAACCUAUAAACCACUCACUGUGUAGGCAGCUGUAGCUGAAGUGGAUGGCUGGAGACUCCAUAAGUGUUUGUAACACAAAAUGAAUGGCAAGACAGUAAGGCACCAACUCUUAUCCUCUGCCUUCUAACCAUGGCUGACUAAGUACAUAAAGAAGGGCACUUUGAAUAGUCUGUACUUAUUCAGAGCUGCUGGAGAGAGAUAGGAAGAGGCAGGCUUGCUUGGAGGACAUGAAUCCUGCCUGCCUGGAAUAUCUUGUAUCUUUGCUUUGCUCAAAUAGUCUUAUGUAUGAAGCACUUUAUCAAACUGCAGGAAUUAAAGAAAUUAUUACUACAGUUGGUAGACUGGAAACGUUUACAGAUUAUAUAUUACAUUCCAAGAUUCUAUCUGAAAUGUUAAAAUAUGUAUUUGUAAGAUGCAAAAACAAAACAAAACUUGUAUAAGCAAAGCGUUGUUGAUGUGUCA